AUGUUUGUCUGGACAACCAUUUGUUGCCUAGCAGCAGUGGCAGUUCCACUUCUCCUCCUCCUUCACAGCCAAAGAGCAAAAACCUAUUCAAAUUCGUUACCACCACCACCAGGUCCUCCAGGUUGGCCAGUGAUCGGAAACCUCUUAGAUAUAGGUCUUAGGCCACAAGAAACAUUUCUACAACUUAGACAGAAAUAUGGAGCAGUAUUUAUGUUACAUUUAGGUGCAAUGAAUACGGUAGUCAUAGGUUCAGCAGAUGCCGCUACAGAGUUAUUUAAAAGACAUGAUCACAGCUUUUGCAACCGUCAUAUUAUGGAAGUCAUGAAAUUGGGGGAGGAUCUUAACAGCGCGACAGUAACCAGACCAAACGGACCAUACUGGCGAAUGAUAAGGCGAUUGUAUUCAACCGAGUUAUUCUCUCGGAUGGCAAUCAAGAGAACGGAAGGCAGGCGACGAAAAUGUGUACAACAGAUGAUACAAUGGGUAUCGGCAGAAGGAAAGCAUAAUACAAGUGUUAAAUUACGGCACUUACUUUUUGUCUCCUUAUUUAAUUUGAUGGGAAAUCUCUUGUUUUCCAGGGAUCUUUUGGAUCUUAAAUUGGUUGAUGGAGAUGAAUUCUAUCGAGCAAUCGGAGAAAUCGUUGAGAUAUCUGUGAAGCCUAAUGCAGCUGAUUUCUUCCCAUGGUUCCGAAACUUAGACCCCCAAAAUCUUAAUAAGAGAAUGAAGAAUGCAGCAAUUACACUCGUAAACAUCAUCGAUGGCUUCGCAAACGUGCGACGACAACACAUGCAUUCUGCACACAAUAAGGACGAGGAGAAGGAUUUUUGGACUGUGUUGCAGGAAUUUGAAGGCAAUGGGAAGGAUGAACCAAGGAAAAUGUCAGACAGAGAAAUAUAUAUGAUCAUGAUAGAGUUGUUUGUGGGUUCGGCAGAGACAACAACCAGUACUAUAGAGUGGGCGAUGACAGAGCUUCUGCGCAAUCCAAAGGUAAUGAAUAAGGUCAACGCUGAGAUCAAACAGAUUAUCGGUUAUGACAGAAAAAUUGAAGAAAGUGAUAUCGAAAAUUUAACUUAUUUAUCCGCGGUGAUUAAAGAGACAAUGAGGUUACAUCCACCAACCCCUUUCUUAGUACCACGUACAGUUGCCGAAGACACAGAGUUCAUGGGGUAUACGAUACCUAAGGACGCCCAAGUAUUGGUCAACGCUUGGGGAAUUGGAAGAGAUGCAGCUGUAUGGGAAGAUCCGUUUUCAUUCAACCCUGAUCGUUUCCUAGGAAAUGACGUUGAUUACCGUGGACAACAUUUUGGUUUAAUACCGUUUGGAAGUGGAAGACGCAUCUGUCCAGGCCUCCCAAUGGCGCACCAAAGUCUUCACAUUAUGCUCGGCUCAUUGCUUCAAUCCUUCCAUUGGGCGCUUGAAAGUGGUGUCACGCCUGAAAGCAUAGAUAUGAGUGAAACACUAGGGAUAACAUUGCGAAAGACUGUUCCCUUAAAAGUAAUACCAAGAGCAUCAGCUCUUGUUGUGUAA